AGUGCUCCGUGGGGCCCCAUGGCUGCAUCCAACCCCACUCCCCUCCUCCCCAGCGAAGCCUCCUGCCCCAUUUGCCUGGAAUAUUUCCGAGAUCCAGUCUCCAUCCAUUGCGGACACAAUUUCUGCAGGCAGUGCAUCACUCGGUGCUGGGAAUGGUCCACGGGGGGUUUCUGCUGCCCACAGUGCAAGGAGACGGCAGAGGAGAGGGUUUUAUGUCCCAACCGGGAGCUGGCCCGGGUGCUGGAGAUCGCCAGGAGGCUGAGCCUGCAGGCGGCCCACAGGGAUGCUGCGGGGCAGGAAGGAUGCGAAAAGCACCGGGAACCUCUGAGCAUUUAUUGCAAAGACGACGAAGCUUUCAUCUGCGUGAUCUGCCGCGAGUCGAGGCUGCACCGGGCUCACGCAAUGCUUCCUGUGCAGGAUGCUGUCCAGGAAUACAAGGAACAAAUCCAGUCCCAUCUGCAAGCACUGAAGGAAGACAGAGACAAACUCUUGGGGUUCCGAGAGGCUGAAAUGAGGAGAAAUUGGGAGUAUUUGGAGAAGACCAGCGCCGAACGGCAGAAGAUUUUGGGUGGAUUUGAAGGGCUGCGUCUCUUCCUGGAGGAGCAGGAACAUCACCUGCUGGCUCAGCUGGAAAACAUGGAGAGGGACGUGGAGAAAACGCAGGAGGAGAAUGUCACCAUCCUGACCAAAGAGAUCUCCCACCUGGAUACCAUCAUCCAGGAGAUGGAGGAGAAGUGCCAGCAACCAGCAAGCAAAUUUCUGCAGGACAUCAGGAGCACCUUGAGCAGGUUGGGAAAGGAGAACUUCCAGCAGCCCACGUUGCUUCUUCCAGACCUGGAAAGUAAUCUCAGCCACUUCAGGGAGAAAAAUAAUGCUUUAGAAGAGAUUCUGAAGAACUUCAAAGAAAUCCUGAUGUUUGAACUGCCUGAAAAGAUGAGUGUGACCCUGGAUCCAUCCACAGCUCACCCCCAGCUCACCGUGUCAGAGGAUGGGAGGAGUGUGAGGUGGGAAGACACCCAACGGGAUGCAGCCAGUGAGGAAUUUGGGACUGAUCCCUUCGUGCUGGGCCAUGAGGGCAUCACAUCAGGCAGAUGCUGCUGGGAGGUGGAAGUGACACCCAAAGGCUCCUGGGCUGUUGGGGUGGCCAAGGAGUCCCUAAAGAGGAGGGAGGAGAGCGGUAUGAGCUCUGAGAUUGAGCUCUGGUCUAUGGGUUUCUGUGAGGGACAGUUUUGGGCUCUCUCCUCCUUUGAACGCAUGACAUUGCCCCAAAUCCAGGUUCCCAGAAGGGUUCGGGUCACCCUGGACUACGAGAGGGGUCAGGUGGCAUUUUUUGAUGCUGAUAAGAGGGCUCUGAUCUUCAUUUUCCCAUCAGCCUCAUUCAAAGGGGAGAGCAUUCACCCCUGGUUCCUGGUGUGGGGUGAGGGCUCACAGAUCACGUUGUGUCCCUGAAGCUCUCCUGUACCCAAACACAAAGGUGAUGUCCCCAGCAUCCCUAUCCCAGCACUCUGGGGGACUCCUAUUGAAUUCCUCAUUGGGCUUGCUGCCUUCUCUUCCCGUUCCCAGAGAUCCCAAAAGGUUAAGCACCUUUGGGUCAGUGUUCAGAAUUGUCACUGCCAGUUUUGGGGUAUCAGUGGCAAAUUGAGACCCUUUUACCCAAUCUUGCACCACUCUGGUUCCCCAGUCUUAUGGUUUUAGAUGAAGUAAAAAGGUUUAUAUGUCAUAAAGUUCUUCUGUGUCUGGUUAUUCGCUGCUUCUGGAUGCCAGGAUCAUGGGGAUAAGGGGAAAACAAUGGGUUCUCUUAUGCGUAGAGAUGCAAUCAGAUGGGGAGAAAAAGAAAUCUUAAUCUUUCUGAUCCAUCUGACAGAUAUUCAGUACAGCCCUGAGGAUGUGGGAAAUAAAUCUGAAGAGUUUGUUGGCAGUUCCAAGGAUUUGGAAUGACUAAAUCCCAUUCCUGGUGUCUGCACAAAGUUGGCUGUGUUGGAACCCAGAAAGAUCCAUGCAAGUGGGUCAUCCCUGAAAGCAUUGUGUUCUGCUGUCUGCUAGCGGAGAGGAAGACACAGAGGGGAAAAUUAAGUGUUUUAUUGUUAAUUAUUGUACACUCUGAGUUUUCAAAUACCAAAUCUUUAAUGAGAGCGGACCACUUGAUUUGAGGGUGACCAUCUCAGAUGGGGACAACUGUACCUGAUCAGGCAAACCUGGGGGAAAUUUGCCUUUCUGCCACUCUUUUGGGUGGGAUUUUCCCUUUUGACCACCAUUUUCUACAUUCUAAUCACCCAUUGCAGCACUUCUCCCCCUUUUUUUUGCCCCAUUUUUCUCCUGCUCAGCACUUCUUAACAAUAUAACAUCAAUCAAUAUCAUAUCAAUAUGAUUCUAUGCCAAUAGAUUAAUGGGGAUGAAAGACACAUAAAAACCCAAGUCCUCAUUUCAUCUGCUUCCCAUGGGAUGGGUGGGGAGGUGGCUGUCCCCUGAGGCUGGAGGAUGUGGGGUCACCCUUGUCUGUGUCUCAGGGACACAGCCUCAGCUUGGACCUGACCCCUACCACCCACAGCCACGGAUGGACCCUCUCCCCAGAGAAGGAUGCAUGGGAAAAAACAAAGAUGAGCCCCCCUUCAUCAGCAUCAAAAAAUGCCACCGUCCCUCCAGCGUAGUCCAAGUGGACGCUGACCCUCCUGGGCACCCAGCGCAGAGCUAACAAGGUCACCUUGUGGGUGGUGAGUGCCCGGACCUGUCCCCCCCAUUUCUCCACCCCCCAAAUCCCCCCUUUGGGACAGAGGCUGAGUUGACCCUUCCGAGGGAUGGAUUCUCGGGCCACACCGAUGGCCCAGUCCCCUUCAUCCCCCACUUCCACCUCCCAGCAGUGCCGGCCGGCAGAGAAGCUUUGGUGGCCCAAAACAAAGGGCCAGUAGGCGAAUCUUUCGGGGUUAUCGGGAAGGUCCUGUUGUCCUUCCCCACGUUUCACACUCUUUCGGUCUUCAGAGAGGAUGAGGUCAGGGUGAGCGGUGUCGGGGUCCAGGGUGAUGCUGGCUGUGGGGUGGAGAGGAUGAGGAGUGUAAGGUUUGGGUCCUCGGUGCUGAGGCCAUGAGGAUGCGGAGAGCUUGGAUCUCCAGCACUAAAGGAGUUGGAUGUGCUCUAGAUGGCCCCACCUGAGUAGGGUUGUAGGGUGGGACUGUCCCUUCCAACCUCAGCCAUUCUGUGGGGCCAUGGGUUGGCAUCGGAAGGGUAAAAAGUACCAAAGAAGAAAGUAAAAAGGUGAGAGGUGGAAACCCCUCUCAUGUGCCCGUGCUAUAUGACAGUAAAAGUGUUUUGAGCCCCCAGAAUGACCAGAAAUAAAGGCGUUUCUGCAGACCUUCUGUUCCAUUGGUCAAAAGAAAUGGUGAGGGGAAUAAAAAUGGAAGGAAGGAGAUCUAUGGGAUAUUACCUGCAAAGUCUGCAGUGCUUCAUCUCCUAGACCAACCCGGACCAGUUCAGCCAACCCCAUGGUUUAAAAAACAGAGCUGAAAUCUGAAGGCAGGGAUAAUGAAUGAGGUCAAGCCGCUCACCAUAUUUGUUUAUGGGAAAUGGAUAUUUAUCAAGGCGAGGGAUCUGCCCUGGGGCCAUCAUCCCAAAUUACAGCCAGACUCGGCCUGCAGGGUGAAGAAAACUUGUUUGGCUGCCCUGAUUUUUGUGUAUUCCUCCCUCGGCAUCUAUUUUUGUCCAUUUGGGUACAGCCUAUGGGUCCAGGCGCGCCUCCAUCUAACAGGUAAUGCGGCUUUAGGUUCUCAUGCUCAGCAAAAGGCACUUUUAGGAAAGGUGAAGCUGGAGGGGUGCAGAGCCGGAGAGCAGCCCGUCCUUCACCCCUGAGCACUUCUCAGGAAUUACAGCAAAACGUGUAAUUAAGAGUGGCAAACGAGGUAUCGAGUCCUUCGGGUCUCAAUUAUUUUCCUGAGUGGGAAUAACCCGUUGCUCUUCCAUCUCUCUGCAUUAUUCUGCUGCAGAACAAGUGAUGGGCUGCUGGUUUUCACCAAAAUACCACCAUUUCCCACCCGAAACCCUUCUGAGUACCUUGAAGCCUCUUCAGGGUUUCCUUCAGAGCACCGUUCCUCCAUGAGGAAUGGCACAGCCUCUCCUCCGGCCCUGGAGAAGCGCCCGCUGGCAGCUGGAAGGUCACUUUUCCACACCUGGAGGGGAAAUAAAUGCAUUUUCAGGUGGUUGUAUCACAGAGCAUGCCAUCACUUCAGGACAGCAGAGGCCAGCACAUGGCGGCCAUCCCCAAAAUACCCUUCAGGGCUCGCAGUUCCCCUGGAGCAGAAGAGCAUUCAUUGAUGAGCUUUCUCCUCCAUGGUCACUGCCUGAUGCAAAGCUCACAGAACAGCUUUUCAGAGAGGCCACAUACCUGGUGAUGGGGCUUUUCACAUCCUGGGGACAGAAGAGAGGAGGGGGAGAGGAAACUCAG